AUGGGCAAGAUAAGGAGAAAGGAAAUGAAGAAGGAAUCGAUGUUGAAGAAUGGAAGCUUGUUAUUGAAGGAGCGAAUUUCCUAUUUUAAUGGAAAGUAUUUCAAUCCUAUUAGAAGCUUCUGUAUGAAAGAACUUCAAAAUGCAACAGACGAUUAUAACACUGGUCUGAUUUUCGACCAUGAUGUGGGUAAUUGCAUAUGGUACAAAGGUUCUUUGGAAGGUCGAACAAUCUCUGUUAGGACCAACUUUUAUGAAGGUGUUGAAAUGGCUAUCAAUGAAAUUGUUAUUGCUUCACAAAUGAGCGCCCAUAAGAAUGCUUUGAAGCUACUGGGAUGUUGCUUAGAAACCCGAAUCCCUAUUCUAGUUUAUGAAUUUCCAUCUGGUGGAUCUCUCAUAGAUAGAAUAUUUUCUCCUCCCAACCCUUUGUCAUGGAAAAGUAGAUUAAGAAUUGCUUAUGAUAUUGCUAAUGUAAUUGCCUAUCUCCACAUUGCAUUUCCUAGGUCCAUCAUUCACACCGAUAUCAAACCCUCAAGUUUCUUUCUGGAUCAAGAUUGUGCUGCCAAACUAUCCGAUUUCUCGCUUUCUAUCACUCUUCCUGAAGGUGAAAUGCAUGUGGAGGAUGAAAUUCGUGGAACUUUUGGAUACUUGGCUCCUGAGACUCUUAUCUCAGGUGUGUACACUGAGAAAAAUGAUGUUUUUAGUUUUGGCAUUCUUCUGUUGGAACUUUUGAUUGGGAAAAGGGCGCACUCGAUAAUGCACGAGGAGAGAGCUAGUAUACAAGAUUAUGCCCAAAGCUUUGUAAACACCUAUGACAUCAAUGGCAUUGUGGAUCCUAUAAUUCUAGCUCAGCCAAGAGGGAUACAUGAAGAGCUACAAUUUCAAGCCAUAUUUGACCUUGCUAUGAGAUGUAGUAUGAAAGAUAUGGACGAGAGACCAACCAUAGUGAAUGCUGCAAAAGAAGUGAGGAGAAUUCAAAAGUUUGUCCCUUGA